GUUCGAAUCGAAUUGAAGACGAACCAAUCGAAUUCUCUCCUCCCUCUGAAUUUCAAUUUCUCCCCCUCGGAGGCGGUAUUUAGUAAUUUUUUUUUUUUUUGCCUCCGCCGCGAGACUCAGAGAGAGUUGUAUUCCGCGGAAAUCAAAGGAUCGUCCAUGGAGGACGUCCUUUUCGUCGCCGGAGGGAAUACAGAGGUUUUCGGGAGCGGGGGAAAUUGGAAAUCAGAGGGAAGGGGGAAAAGAGAGGGGAAACUGGAGAUUAUGAUGAUGACGACGAUGAUGGGGAUUGUCUCGAAAGAGACGGAUUUCUUUAUUGAGAUUUACACGGGAAAAACUGAAUCCGCGAAAGAGGCGGACAUCUGUUCAAUUUUGGGAGAGGGGGGAAAAGUUUCAUGUUGGUACCCAGGCAGGCAGGCGGCAGCUUGUGAAAUUUUUCUUUCGAUGCAUGAUUUUUACAUGUCGUUACAAAUGUGUCUGGAAGUUUGGUUUUGGUUUCUUAGAGCAUCCACAUUGGUAUUGCAUUCUCAAUUGCAAAAUGACAUGGCAUAGGUGUUUGCAAUUGCAAAACCAAUUGCAUUGAUAUGGCUACCAAUUGCAUAUUUGCAAGCUUGCAACAAAUGCAAUUCCAUAUGCAAGUCAAAAAAGCCUAAAAAAAUG